AUGUAUCUCGUCUUUCUCACUUACAUUCGCGUGCGAUCUGCUCUCCGGAUCCUGUCGACGCAGCUCCAGUCUGUUACUGAUGCAAGAGAAAAGUACAAAUGCAUCAGGCGCAUCAAGUUCAGGUGCGAUCGUGCCCGCCCCUCAGAGCGUGAAACCACGCCCCCUUGUUCUCCUAUAGGAGCGAUCGCUGCAGCUACUUAUCGCCUUAUCGCUCGCUGCUGUUUUUCGGACAUGGAUGUUCUUACGAUUUUACUCUGCCUUUUAAUCCUAUUAUCAGUGAUUCUGCUGUCCUGGAGGAUUCGCAAACAACGACUUCGUCUGCCCCCUGGACCCCUCCCGCUGCCUCUGCUAGGAAAUAUACUGCAGGGAAACUCUGUGCUGUACGACUCUUAUCGCAAGAUUUCUGAAAAGUAUGGUCCAGUGUUUACAAUAUGGAUGGGUUCUACACCAGCAGUGGUGCUCUGUGGAUAUGAGGUACUGAAAGAUGCUUUAAUAAAUCAUGCUCAUCAGUUUGGUGCCCGUGGAUCCUUGCCAAUAACAGAAAGACUGACAAAGGGAUAUGGGAUUAUUGGAGUCAAUGGUGAACGCUGGAAGCAGAUGCGGCAUUUUGCAAUGACAACAUUGAGAAAUUUUGGCAUGGGGAAGAGGUCCAUGGAAGAGAGAAUACAAGAGGAAGCUCGGCACCUAGUACAAGCUGUACAACAGACUGGAGGGGAGGAAUUAGAUCCUUUGGUUCUCCUGGAGCGUUCAGUAAACAACAUAAUCAACUUUAUGGUAUUUGGCAGACGCUGGGAUUAUGAAGACGAGCAGUGCCUCAAAUACCUUAACAUCACCAAAAGCUUGAUUGGUUUUAUCAGAUCCCCACUAGGAGUGACAUAUGCUGCAUUUCCCCGCAUUAUGUGGUACCUGCCUGGCCCGCAUCAGAAGAUAUUCCAAGACAGUGAAGAGCUGACAUCUUUCUACCAUGAUCAGAUUCGUUCUCAUUGGAACACCCUGAAUUCUGAUUCACCACGGGAUUUUAUUGACUGUUUCCUCAUCAAGUCCAAUGAGGAAAAUGACCUAAACGAAAGUGAAUUCUGCUCAGAUAAUUUAGUACAUUCAAUCAUGGAUUUAUAUGUAGCUGGGGCAGAGACCACCAAAAAUACCCUUCAGUUCGGUUUGCUGGUCAUGAUAAAAUACCCAAACAUUCAAGCCAAGGUGCAGACAGAGAUAGACAAAGUAGUUGGAGCAGAUCGAUGGCCGGGAUUGGCAGAUCAAGACCAAAUGCAUUACACCAAUGCAGUUAUUCAUGAGAUUCAGAGGUUUUUGGACCUGGUACCAAUGGCCCUUCCUCACAUGUUAACAGAGGACACAGUAUUCCGUGGGUUCAAUAUCCCAAAGGGAACAACUGUUAUACCUCUACUUGGUUCAGCACUAUGGGACCCAGCCCAAUGGAAGACACCAGAGGAAUUCAAUCCAGGACAUUUCCUUGAUGAGAAAGGACAGUUCUGUUCUCCGGCUGCAUUCAUACCAUUCUCAGCAGGAAAGAGAGUGUGUCCAGGAGAAGGGAUGGCUCGUAUGGAAAUCUUCCUCUUCUUCACUGCCCUGCUCCAGAAAUUCACUAUCAGAGCUGCAAGUCCCACUGAUACCUUUAACCUGGGUACACUGAGAAGGGCCUUCCGGAAAAAGGGGCUAUUCUAUAAACUGAGAGCCAUCCCUAGAACGUGUACUGUGGAGAAGCAUUGAGAUGAGCACAAACUGAGAAGCAUAGUAGAAUAAUAAACUAGGGUUAGAGAAAUUGUCCUGUAAAAAAAUGUCUAUGACAUUAGGAAUUCAUAUUUUAUGCUAAUGAUACAGUAUAUAUAUAUAUAUAUUUGUGUGUGUGUGUUAUGAGGAUCUGGGUACACAAAUAGCACUAGAAAUUAUUCUGCAUUAUAUAUAUAUAUAUAGUCAACUACAAGAGGUCCUCUGCACUCAACCCAUUAUCAAUAUAUUUAAGACAGAGACAUUUUGUGCAU